AUGAUUGGUCAAUAUGCGUUUAGUGAGGAACGGUCACAGGCAGACCGUGAUAUAGCGCGCGAGAGAAUUACUAUCGAACGCAACAUGGAGGAGUUACGCAAUUAUGCCGGUUUCGGGGGUCUGAAUAAAACAUUGUCUGAGAUAGAUAUAGCUGACCAUGAAGCGCAGGUGGCACGAGGAUUGGUGAACUUGGAUGCACCAAUCACAGAUUGGUGGAUGCCAAAAUAA